UUCAUUUCUCUCUCUUUUUAAUAAACUCAACCCCAAAACAUAAAGCGGAUCUCUCAGGAGAAAAAAAAAAACCCAAAGCAAAGGACCAAAGGUCCCCCGAAUCCAAUCGCACAUUCGCACACACUGCGUAGCGUAACUAUCAAGCGAGCCACUGUGAGCGCGAGAGAGAGAGAGAGAGAGAGAGAGAGUGAGCACCGAACGCUUUUCACAGAAAAAAGAAAAGAAGAAAUCAGCAGAAGAGCAUUGAGACUUGAGAGAUUCAGAAAUCAAAAUCACAUUUGCUAGCAGAUUGGAUCGGAUCGGAAUGUCAAGCACAGGAGCAUAUCCGGGCACGUGGGCCCACGCCCUCGUAAAGGUGUCCCCCUACACCUUCUCCGCCAUCGGUAUCGCCAUCGCCAUUGGCGUCUCCGUCCUCGGCGCCGCCUGGGGUAUUUACAUUACCGGAAGCAGUUUGAUCGGCGCUGCGAUCAAAGCUCCCCGUAUUACUUCCAAAAAUCUUAUUAGUGUUAUCUUUUGUGAAGCUGUUGCUAUUUAUGGUGUCAUUGUGGCAAUUAUUCUACAAACAAAGCUUGAGAGUGUUCCACAAUCACAGAUCUAUGAACCCGAGUCUCUUAGAGCAGGAUAUGCAAUCUUCGCGUCUGGGAUUAUCGUGGGCUUUGCAAACCUUGUCUGCGGGUUGUGUGUUGGAAUCAUUGGAAGCAGCUGUGCUUUAUCUGAUGCUCAAAACUCCACUCUUUUUGUGAAGAUUCUUGUGAUCGAAAUCUUUGGUAGUGCACUUGGGUUGUUCGGAGUGAUUGUGGGAAUUAUCAUGUCAGCCCAAGCCACAUGGCCGGUAAAAGCGUAAUUUGCUGUUCUCAUUGGAACACUAUGAGGCGGUUAUGACAGAGUGCAGUGUAUUAUUAUGUAUCGUAAAUGGACUUUGUAUCUUAUUCUUUCAGCCGAUAUUAGUAGGCAUCAUAAAAGUUGGUGUGGAGGUAGAGAUUAUUCAAUCUUAGGUUGCAUUUCUGUUGAUGGAAAUGAAUUUGUUAGCAUGUUAAGGUUAGUAUGGAGAUUCAUUUGCCUCGUUAUAAUGUUGGGCUGCAUUCCAGCGGAAACAGAAGAAAUUUUAGGAAUAUGUAUCAUUUUGUUGA